AUGUGCGAGAAGGUGGAUAUGAAUCAAAGAACGUGCUGUUGUUCGGCCAAGGUGAGUCUUGAGGAUUAUGGUGGGAUUUUGAAAAAGGUCACUGUGGUUAAUAGUCUGUAGAUCAGAAUCCAUAGAGACUUUUGCACAAAUUGGCUCAAGAGUUACGUUAACUCACAAUUUAUUGGAUUUUCACAAACUGCACAGCGAUUUCACAGCGAAAAGUGUGAGAGAAAACGAGAGACGCGAGACGAAAAAGGGAUUUGAACAGACUCCGCCCACUUUUUUCGAUUCCCUUGGGCUUCCAUUGCAUAUAACACUUAUUUUCUAGAUAAUGAUGUUCGUAAUCGGUGGUGGUGAAAUAUUCGUGGCAAUAAUCCUGAUUAUCCUCGCAGCCAUCACUCCUCACGCAAGUGCCACAUGGGUUUGGGUUUGUGCAGCGUCGUACAUGUGUCUUGGUUUUUUUUCAAUUGUUGUCGUUUUCUAUCCAGCAAUGUGGCUUAUGAUAUUGUGCUAUAUUGAUCAAAUUAUAAGUGCAAUUGAAAGUGUCGUUGUUUGUAUUGUAUUGAUAGUCGACGUGGGAUUUGGAGAGAUUAUAGUUGAUGCUUAUGGGGUCGAAGACAACAAAACAUGGAAAAAAGUACAAGGUAAUUCCUGACUUCUUGAUUUAUCUCGACCAUUUUUUUCCAGCCUAUGCUUAUUGCCAGAUUUUUACCUUGAUCGUUGGAUGUGUGUUCACAAUUAUGGCUGGUGUUGUUUAUGCGGUACUUCUUUGCUGUAAUGAUGGUCGAAGACGUUCAAUUUACGGUGGAACUGGAAAUACCGGAAACAGUCCUGCAACUGGAACUGAUACGGGAACUAGUCCUGGAACAACUCGUAGAAGCAAAGCUUUAUAUAGUAAAAGUUAA